AAGCAGUGACUGGUCACGUAAGCCUUUUCGAGGCUGUGUUGCUGUUUUCAGCAGUGGUGAAGUCUCCGGUCAAACACUGGAUUUGCAAUGUUUAUUCUAGGAAUGCAUUGAAAUUCACGACGAAAAGAAAUGUGUACGUGCAGAUGGUAACUAAAAGGAGUAAAUUCAAGGAUGCCCAAAAGAAAGCGCCAUCAUUUGAAAAGCAGCAGUUCAGAAGAGGGCAGCGAAGGAGCCACAGAGGAAGAGACUCCUCACGUUGUGACUCGGGGCCAAUCUCGACGAGGUCCUCCCACUCCAACAAGACCUUCACCUCGAAAGCCAUCUCCACCUCCAAGCUCACCCCAUCAAGUAGAAGUCAUUCAGGUGAGCAGUGAGGGGUGGCGGUGUGUUGCAGCAUCCUGUUCACCACCUGCCAAGCGCCUGCGUGCACGACUGGUGUCUGAGCCUCAGUGCAGUGUCUGCAACCAGGCCGUGCUGGAGGGACGUCGCAGUCCCCCUGCCCAGCUCAUUUCCUGCUCACAGUGUGACACCUGUGCACAUCCGUUUUGCCUGGGUCUCUCUGAUGAAGCAGCCAAGAAGGUGACUACCUAUGACUGGAAGUGCCAUCGCUGCAGAGUGUGUGAGCUGUGCCACAAAUCGGAAUCUGAUGGUCUCUUUGUACUGUGCAAAGCCUGCGAUCGGUGCUUUCACCAGGACUGCCUACCCAUAAGUAUGAACAGACCAUUAGAGAAUUGCAACAAGUGCAGAGAUCCCGGUGACUGCAAACAAGGGCUAACCAAUGGGCGACUGGAAGGGGCUGAACUGGCUAAGGUGGCAGACACACCCAAGAAGCUGCAUUCUCCAAAACAAAUUCGAGGAAGGACAAGGCUUCUCAAUAAUCAAAAUCACUCUCAAAAUCGGCAGCCCUCCCGAUCCCCUCCCAAGAAAUUGAAGUACAGCCGGAGUCCCACGGCCAGUCCAAAAAAAGAAGAUACACCCUCAACACCAAAACGUGGGCGUCCAAGAGUCAAAACAUGCCAAGACGCAAGUGGAGAGUCAGCAGCAGAGUCGAGUCUGACAAAUGCAAGGAAACGGUUAACCCCACCUGGGAGUCGCCCUAAGGGAAGACCUCCAGGCAACCGUAAUCGCAUCUUGCGGGAGGUUCCUGCAGCAAAUGGCCAGUCUCUGAUAGAAGACCAGGAGGACAAGUGCCCAGUGGUGGGAUGCGAUUCUAAAGGUCAUUUGAGCGGUAAAUUUCCAAGCCAUGCCACAGUCAAUUGCUGUCCUGUUUAUCACAACACAACACCUGAAGAAUGUGAGGAACAGUGUAAAGCCAGGUUGAAACGGAAAGCUGAAAGACAACAGCACUACGGCAAAAUUGGCUCACGGCGAUCGAUGGCACAUGUCCAACAACUAAUGCAAACACCUGAACAGAAUGAGAGGUUUGCCAAACUCCUGGAUGAGAGGAAAGAAUCUCUGAAAGGCAGAUCAAGAUCCAAUGGCUAUGCACAAGACGGUGAGCGUGAACCAAACCUGAACAACAUGACACCGGUCUAUGACCUGCAAAUGUUCCGCGAAGCUCAGGCUAAAGCCGCAGAGCUAGCACAGGAAACCAUAAAAACACCUCGAAGCAAGAAUUUGGGCAUCCACACUUUGGAAAUGGGCUGCUACGAGAUGGACGUGUGGUAUAGUUCCCCGUAUCCAGAAGAAUACCAGGGGCUACCAAAGCUGUAUCUCUGCGAAUUCUGUCUCAAAUAUAUUCAUAGUCCUAUCAUCCUGCAACGGCACCUGGCCAAGUGUGUGUGGCGCCAUCCUCCGGGUGACGAAAUCUACCGUAAAGGAAACAUUUCAUUUUUUGAAGUGGAUGGAGCUAAAAAUAAGGUAUACUGCCAAAACCUGUGCCUCUUGGCAAAAUUGUUCCUGGACCAUAAAACGUUGUACUUUGACGUGGAGCCUUUCCUAUUCUACAUAAUGACAGAGGCAGACUGUGAUGGCUGCCACGUCAUUGGUUAUUUCUCUAAGGAGAAGAAUUCGUUCCUGAACUACAAUGUAUCCUGCAUUCUCACAUUACCACCUUAUCAAAGACAAGGUUAUGGAAGGAUGCUCAUUGAUUUUAGCUAUCUACUUAGUAAAGUAGAAAAUAAAGUUGGAUCUCCUGAAAAACCACUGUCCGACCUGGGCCUUAUCUCAUACCGUAGCUACUGGAAGAGUGUUGUGUUGGAUUACCUUCGACGGUUUGAAGGCAAAGAACUCUCAAUCAAAGACUUGAGCCAAGAGACUGCCAUCAGUGCAUACGACAUUGUGAGCACCCUGCAGUCGCUAGGCAUGUUGAAGUACUGGAAAGGAAAGCACCUCGUCCUCAGAAAUCAGCUAAAACCGGAACCUGAGCCCUUACCUGCAAAAGGAAAGAAGCAGCGUCCGGAUCGCACACUUGACCCCGAGUGUCUACGGUGGAAACCUUACAGUGCCACCUCGCAAUAGCUGUUGGAUUUAUUUCCAAUUAUUUUAAUCUCGAGUUUUAGUCCUUUCACUGACAUCCUAUUUUUGUCUGUCUGUAAGGAAGUUCAAGUCAAGUGGACCAGCCGCGAGUGAAUGUUGUGCAAAAUAUUUUAUCAAGGGGCAUGCCAUAUGGCAGUUGUUAAACUGGUGUCACCUUUGUUAAUUAAUAAAAUAUUCUUUAUGAAUUUAC